AUGAAGAUCAAGACAAUCAAGAGAAGUUCCGAUGACUAUGUUCCGGUGAAAAGUACGCAGGAAUCCCAGCUUCCUCGUAACUUAAAUCCAGAGUUACAUCCAUUUGAAAGGGCUCGUGAGUAUACCAAAGCUUUGAAUGCUACUAAGAUGGAAAGAAUGUUCGCAAAACCAUUUAUUGGCCAGCUUGGUUAUGGUCAUAGGGAUGGUGUCUACACUAUUGCGAAGAAUUACAAUAAUUUAAACAAGUUGGCCUCUGGUUCUGCAGAUGGUAUUAUCAAGUAUUGGAACAUGUCAACUCGUGAAGAGUUUGUUUCUUUCAAAGCACAUUAUGGUUUGGUUACUGGUCUCUGUGUUACUCCAGAACAUACAUCCAAAAAUAAAAAUGAAAAUUUCAUGUUAUCUUGUGGUGAUGACAAGACUGUCAAGUUAUGGUCAGUAAAUAAUGACGAUUUCUCGAAUGUGAAAUCUGACGCAGAAUUAAACACAGAAGGUUUGUUGAAAACUUUCUACGGUGAACAUGCUUUCCAAGGUAUUGAUCAUCACAGAGAAGCUUCUACCUUUGUGACAGGUGGUGCCCAAAUUCAUUUAUGGGAUUCAAACAGGUCGAAGCCAAUUUCUAACUUAUCCUGGGGUGCCGACAACAUCACAAGCGUUAAGUUCAAUCAAAAUGAAGUUGAUAUCUUGGCAAGUACCGGUAGUGACAAUGCUAUUGUGUUAUAUGAUUUGAGAACAAACUCUCCAACUCAAAAGAUCAUCCAAACAAUGAGAACCAACGCCAUAUGUUGGAAUCCAAUGGAGGCAUUCAAUUUUGUCAUCGCUAAUGAAGAUCAUAAUGCUUACUACUAUGAUAUGAGAAACAUGUCACGUGCCUUGCACGUCUUUAAAGAUCAUGUCAGUGCAGUUAUGGAUGUUGACUUCUCUCCAACUGGUGAUGAAAUUGUAACAGGUUCAUACGAUAAGACAAUUAGAAUAUUCAAAACAAAUCAUGGUCAUGCAAGAGAAGUUUAUCACACAAAGAGAAUGCAACACGUUUUUCAAGUUAAAUUUUCCAUGGAUUCCAAAUAUAUUAUCAGUGGUUCCGAUGAUGGUAAUGUAAGAUUAUGGAGAAGUAAAGCUUGGGAAAGAUCCAACGUCAAGACAACUAGAGAGAAGAAUAAAUUAGAUUAUGAUGAAAAGUUGAAAGAAAGGUUCAAGCAUAUGCCAGAAAUCAAAAGAAUUAGUAGACACAGACAUGUUCCUAAAGUUAUUAAAAAGGCCCAGGAAAUUAAGGGUAUUGAGUUAAGCUCCAUGAAGAGAAGAGAGAUGAAUGAAAGGCGUACUAGGAAAGAUAUGCCAUUCGUUUCAGAGAGGAAAAAGCAAAUUGUCGGUACUGUUUUCAAUCAUGAAGAAGGGAAGAGGAGAAGUAAUAAAUCAGAAGAGGAGAACGGUGACGAUAGUGCAUAG